AUGACCAAAGAUCGCAAUAACAUCGUUGGAAUUACCAAACAGUCCCCUCCAGUCGAUAUAACCGAACCAUACGAUGCGGCUUGGGUGGCAGGAAAGACAAUUCUAGUGACGGGGGGAGCAUCUGGCUUCGGAGAAGGCUUCUUCCGGAAGUGGGCAGAAAAUGGUGCAAAUGUGAUCAUUGGAGAUAUCAACGAUGUGCGGGGAAGGGCGCUAGUGGAGAAUGUCCGAAAGGCCACGGGAAACCAGAAUCACCACUACAUCCAUUGCGAUGUAACCAAUUGGCAGUCGCAGGUGGAUUUCUUCCGUGAAGCUGUCAGACUCAGCCCUCACGGCGGCAUUGACGCGGUGGUAGCGAAUGCGGGAAUAACUGACGGCUCUCCAAUGUUUGAUGAUCCACCCGGAAAUCUCGAUACUCUCGAAGAACCUCCCGCGCCCAAUCUUAAGUGCCUCGAGGUCAAUUUGAUCGGCGUCAUGUACACAGCACAUCUUGCCAUCUUCUACCUCCCCAAGAACCCAAAGUCACAACCGGCUGACCAUACAUUGAGUCCUGGACCCAAUGUACGGGAUAGACAUUUGCUGUUGGUCGGGUCUAUCGCAUCCUUGGCUGCGAUUCCGGGCCAGAUACAAUAUUGUGCGUCCAAGCAUGCUGUUUUGGGACUCUACAGGUCCCUCCGUUGUACCGCCUCUCUCAAGGGCAUUCGAGUGAACAUGAUUCUCCCGUAUUUCAUUGAUACGCCCAUAAUUCCUGUUGGAGGUCGUAUCUUGCUAGCUGGAGGGGCAACGGGUAAGCCCGAAGAUGUGGUGGAUGCCGCAACGAGGCUUAUGGCAGAUUCAAGAAUCGUUGGAAGGGGUCUAGCCAUAGGCCCCCGAAUCAAGGUUGGUGACGACUGGCAGUUGCUUCCAGAUACCGCCCAAGGCGGUACGGAAGCUGCCGUAUGGGAGGCGUAUGCGGAGGACUUCGAAGAAGCUGACAUCUUCACGAGCCGGUUCGUUAGUUCCGAGUUAGUAGCCACCUGUCGAGUCGAUUUCUUCGAGCUCCCUAUCCCACGUUCCACUAUCGCGGUGGCACCUUUGAACUAUACCGCAGCAGGACUCGAGAGUUUCUGA